UAAUAAAUUUAAACUUAUAAAUAAACUCUUGUAAAUAACAACAAAUUUACGCCGCGCUUUUACUCUGCCUCCCAUAUCAAUUUUUAAUUACGAAUCUUUAGAUUUAAUGAAUUGUUAACCGCACAAUGAGUUGCGAUAAAAAAAAUAUGAAUAGCCAUUGUAAAAACAUUUAAUUGUUUUCAAUAAUAUUGUUAUAAGUAAAACCAAUUGAAAGUUUCUCCUUUAAUUCGAAAAGUAUGCUGAACCGACAAGUACUACACCUGUUACUAAUUUUUCUCUGUGCAAGAGUAGAUGGUAAUUCGGCAGUUUUUAAUCCGUGCAUAAGCAGACCACAGUUGACAGAAGAUGAAGCUUCCCAAGUGCUGGAAAACUGGACAAAGAAUGUGACUUUGGUGGAUCGUACUUUCAAGUGCUUGCUCACAUGCUUGCUGAUGGAUUUGGACCUGGUUAGUAGCUCAGGGCAGGUGCAGAUCGAUAAGUAUCUGAAGGCCGGAGUUGUGGACUGGAAAUAUUGGGCAAUCGAAUUGGUCACGUGUCGCGCAGAAUUCGAGGACGAGAAGGAUGUGUGUGAACUCUCAUAUGGAAUGUUCAACUGUUUCAGGGAGGUAAAACUAGAGUUUGACAAGAGGGCUUCUAAAUAAUUAAAGAACAUAAUUUGAUAAAAUCAAACGUAA